AUGUUUUUAGCCAGAAAAUUUACUAGCUUUGCUUCAAAAAGCUUGUUCAAUAAACAAAAUCUACUUUAGAGUAGCUUGAAAUAUAGCUUUUCUAGCUUCAAAGGGAAUAAGCACAAUGAGAGGAUAAAUGAACUUAAUAAGCAGCAAUUGCACCUAAAAUCCAGCUCAAAAAAAUUGUCACAAAGAGAGAGAAUGAGAAUACAGGAGGAGAAGUAGAAUAAGACAAAUACAUAAGUUAUCUAAAGAGAGCUUAAGAAUGACAGUAUUUAGAUUCCUUUAAAAGCAAUUGCAUAUUAUUUUUCCCCAACAAACUUAUAGCCUACAUUUUAUGCUGAAUUGAUUAGAUCGUGCAUUGAUUCACUAAAUCACGUUGCCUUAUUUUGCAUGAAUUACAUUAAAAUGGGUCCAAAUGAAAAAUAUCCUUAUGGAAUUGAGAAAUUGAAAAACGUAGCUGUCCUAAUUCCUUCCAUGUUGUUCGUUUAUUUUGGUACUGAAAUGCUUGUAGAAUGCGCAGCAGCUUUUGUAGAUUCAAGCGAGGUGUCUUCAUCCCACUUUUCUUUAAUACCUACACUACUUUACACUGUGAGUAUGGGAGUGGAAAUGAAUGUAAUAUAUAACAACAUUAAAGAUGCUUUAAAACUAGAAGGAGAAGAAGCCAAUCAACAAAAAGCUACAAUCUUAGAAAUAUUUAAAAAAUUAGUGAAUAAAAAGGAUCCUCUGCUUUAAGCUAUAUUAUAUGAAAAUGCCAUUACUUUUCUUUCAACUUCUGUUCCUAUGAUAUGUUCAAUUGCCAAUAUGGUAUAUCCCUCAAAAGUAAUCGAAGUACUUGGAAGCACUAUUAUUAGUUCAAUAUCAAUAUAUUUGGGAAUCCACUUAUUUAAGACAAACAUAUAAUAAUUAAUUGGUGAGCAAAAAAUUGAUGAAGAGAGUUUAAAAACAAUUAUCUAAAUUGUAAGAUCAAAUAGCUUGGUUAAAGAUAUAUCAGAAAUUAAGGCAGUCAAAUACGGAUCUGAGAAAUUUAGACUUUCAGCUAAGAUAGAGUUUGAUAUGACAAAAUUAUCAGAUAAAGUAGCUAACAGUAUCUUGUAGAAUUUAUAGAAAACUAUAUAUAGCAACAACUAUUCUUUUGAACAGAGACAGGAGAGCUUGACAAAAAAUGCUGCAAGUAAAGUGGUGCAGGAAAUUUAAGAUUAGAUCAAUAACAUUUAAGAAGCAAUUUAAAAUGUGUACCCUAAUUGUGAGCAUAUAGAUCUUGAAAUAUCUCAUCAAGAACAAGAAGCAUAUAUUCCUACUACUGUUGAAGAAAAGUUGAAUUAAUAUAAUAUUAACAAAGAUAAUAAAAAUGAUCCAGAACUUUAAGAAUUCGAAAAAUUUGUAUUUUAAACUGCAGACAGAUACUUAAAAAAGUUUCAAAAUUCUAAGCUUUAGCAAACCGCUGCAGAUGCUUCUUAAGAAUAUUUUUAAAACUCACAGUUUUUAACUAAUCAAUUUGAAGAAGACUUGUUACUUGAAUAUAAAUUAUUUGUAGAUGAUUAAAGAGUAGAAGUUCUUUCAGAUUCUGUUAUAAAUACAGAUGAAAAAAGAUCUAUAUGA